CGUCGUCGUUAUCGUCGCCGUCAUCGUCGACAGAGCGAGAAAGAGCUCGGUCUUCCUUCCGCUCCGCGCGCCACGCCGUGCAGUGUCGUGCCGUGUCGUGUCGUGUCACGUAGUAACCGCGCCAGGCAGCGUCUUUUUGAUCGCGCGUCGUCGCAGGGACACGCGACAAGCGAGAGAGAAUUCUAGGGUGAAAGAAGAGCUACAUCGCGAGGGAAAGAAACGGCGAGUUCGCCAGUAGUAGCAGACUUCAGGGCGUUCAAGCGAUCGCCGUUUAAUCGAGCACCGCUCUCGUCUCUCUCUCUCUCUCUGUCUUUCUCUUUUCUCUCGGCUUCUUCACCCCGGCGCAAACAUGAAUGAAGAGUACGAUGCGAUCGUCCUCGGCACCGGCCUAAAGGAGUGCAUCCUCUCGGGCAUGCUGUCUGUCAGCGGUAAACGAGUGCUUCACAUCGAUCGCAACAAGUACUACGGCGGCGAGUCGGCCUCCAUCACGCCCCUCGAGGAUCUUUUCAGCAAGUUCAAGGCCCCAUCGCCGGACGAGAGCUAUGGCCGGGGUCGAGACUGGAACGUUGACUUGAUACCAAAAUUCCUGAUGGCGAAUGGUCUUCUCGUCAAGCUGCUCAUUCACACGGGCGUGACACGUUACUUGGAGUUCAAAUCGGUGGAGGGCUCGUACGUAUACAAGUCGGGCAAGAUCUCGAAGGUACCGAUCGAUCAGCAAGAGGCCCUAUCCAGCGAUCUGAUGGGCUUAUUCGAGAAGCGACGAUUCCGCAGCUUCCUCAUGUGGGUGCAGAAUAUGCAGGAGGACGAUCCAAAGACGUGGGAUGGCUUUGACCCGUUCAAUAACAGCAUGAGCGCUCUAUACAGCAAAUUUAGCCUGGACAAAAACACGCAGGAUUUUACUGGUCACGCGUUAGCAUUAUACAGGGACGAUGACUACAUAAGCCAAACUGCGAUAACUACCAUCAGAAGGAUCAAGUUAUAUAGUGAUAGUUUAGCGCGAUAUGGAAAAUCGCCAUAUCUCUAUCCGAUGUACGGUCUAGGUGAACUUCCUCAGGGUUUCGCGCGACUUAGCGCCAUUUAUGGUGGCACGUACAUGCUGGACAAGCCGAUUGAUGAAAUCGUCAUGAAGGACGGCAAGGUGGUCGGUGUUCGUUCCGGCGAUGAGGUAGCUCAAUGCAAACAAGUUUUUUGCGAUCCCACAUACGUAUCUGAUCGCGUGAAGAAGGUUGGUCAAGUAAUAAGAUGCAUAUGUCUCAUGGAUCAUCCUAUACCAAACACAGCUGACGCAUUAUCUACACAAAUCAUCAUUCCUCAAAAGCAGGUCGGUCGCAAUUCUGAUAUAUAUGUAUCUCUCGUAUCACAUACUCAUCAAGUUGCGGCAAAAGGCUGGUUCAUCGCCAUGGUCUCGACCACAGUGGAAACGAAGAAUCCGGAAACCGAGAUUAAACCCGGUUUAGACUUACUCGGUCCGAUUAGGCAGAAAUUUGUCAGCAUCUCCGAUUAUAUGGUUCCAGUGGACGAUGGUCUCAACAGUCAGAUAUUCAUAUCCACUAGCUAUGAUGCCACUACUCAUUUUGAAACCACCUGCUUAGAUGUGCUCGAUAUAUUCAAGCGCGCCACCGGUGAGGAGUUCGACUUCAAUAAGGUCAAGCAUGAACUCGGCGACGAGGAUCAGUAACCGUAAUCACAGAAUGCGUGCAUGCAUUAUAUACAUCACAUGGAGAAAUCGAAACGUCAACGUAUUCGAGUAAAAAAAAAGGGGGAAAACAUCGCUCGACGAUUGCUGACUGCGUUGGCAUGCGACAGUGUCUCAAGGCAGAUACCACAGAAUAAGUCAAGCUGCGAGCAGACCUGUGCCUAAUUAUGUAGAUUCUCUUUGAUAGAGGAUGAAACAAAGGCAAAGUUGGCUAAAUUCCUUCUCUACUAAUCUCUCUCUGUCUUAUUAUCUUAUCUCGUCCUAAUCUCGUCCUAAUCUCGUCCUGCCGUUCCUGCGACACAGUCCUGUCCAAAGCGCACGAAUCCUCCACAUUCACAUGAAAAAACUUUCGGACUCUAUUUCUACGACUUCGAACACCGGAUUAUAUAAGGUAACAUCCUCUUAUAAAUUUAUAUUUUACACGAAAUGUGAAUCCAAUCUGCCAAUAUACGUUUGAACAAAAAAUGAUAAUAAAAAAAGCAAAGAUAAAGGUAACCAAGAUAUUUGUCAUACAAUGCGUAUAUACAAUAUCUAUGUAUCAUAUUUUAACGUAUCAAAAUACAAGAGAAACGUUCAUCGGCAGAUUAAAAUUGUACAGAAAAAGUUUGCAGGUACUGUAGCAAUGUCAUUAUGUUGCUAUAAAAUAGCUACGAUAUAAUUGUUAAACUGACAAUGAUACAAUGUAAGUCAUAUCUCUGUUUAGAUUAGCACCGCUAAUUCCUAUAGAUAUAGACGAGAUAUUUCUGAAGAAUUUCUGAAGAGGUUAUUGUGAAUCUGGAUAAAGUUUAUCUGUAUUUAAACUUUUUUUUUUAGAUUGUCUAAGUUGCAUUUAUUAUUUCGAACAAAGUAAUCGAGCAAUGAUAUAAUUUUAUACGAAUCGCCAAAUGGCGGGCAAAAAUAUUCCAUUGACUUUUCCUUUGCUUAUUGUCUGUGUAGCAAAAUUAGGCAUAGCAGAGAUGUAAAAUGCAUUAUUCGAUGUGUACUCGCGUAUAUAAUUGUAAUUAUGUUUCAUCUUCCAAAUCCGUUUUUCCCGUUAAAGUAAUAUUCGUUUAGGAAACGAAUCGUAACUGUUGCGACAGCACGAUUAGACAGGUAUCUUCAACGUGCGUUCAGAAACAAAAUUAGAAAUAGAAAAGUCGCAUGCUCAUACACGCUUGCAAAAUAGACAAAAUCGAGAGCAGAUGAA